AUGCAUAAGGGUACGGUAUUUAACGGCUAUCAAUAUCUUGUCGUUGGAGUCUUCACUCUUGUUAUAAGCUUCCCUGUUGCAAUCACGCAAGCUGUUGCACCUUCUCUGGAUGUUUCGUCUUUGAACCGGACCAGUUUUCCCCCAGGUUUCAUCUUUGGCACUGCCUCCUCAGCCUACCAGUAUGAAGGUGCUGCAAAUGAAGGAGGUAGAGGACCAAGUAUAUGGGAUAACAUUACUCAUAAAUAUCCAGAAAUGAUAUUGGAUAGAAGCAACGGAGAUGUAGCUGUUGAUCAAUAUCAUCGCUAUAAGGAAGAUGUUGGGAUCAUGAAGUAUAUGAACACUGAUGCCUAUAGAUUCUCCAUCUCGUGGUCAAGGAUAUUACCAAAAGGAAAAAUUAGCGCGGGUAUAAACCAAGAAGGAAUCGAAUAUUACAACAAUCUCAUCAACGAACUACUGGCUAAUGAUCUUCUGCCAUUUGUGACCCUUUUCCAUUGGGAUCUUCCUCAAGCCUUAGAAGAUGAAUACGGUGGCUUCUCAAGUCCUCAUAUUAUAAAUGAUUUCCAGGACUACGCAGAGCUAUGCUUCAAGGAAUUUGGAGAUAGAGUGAAAUAUUGGACUACUUUUAAUGAGCCAUGGAGUUACAGUGUGGCCUCAGAACCCUACACGACCUCACACUACCAACUGCUUGCUCAUGCAGCAGCUGUCAAAAUUUAUAAAACUAAUUAUCAGGCACCUCAAAAUGGUUUGAUAGGCAUCACCUUAAAUUGUUACUGGUUUAUUCCGUUCUCAAAUGACACAUUAGAUCAUCGAGCUGCCCAACGAGCUCUUGAUUUCAUGUUGGGAUGGUUUAUGCAACCACUUACAAGAGGAAAAUAUCCAAAAAGCAUGCAGUCUUUGCUGGGAAGCCGAUUACCAAACAUCACUAAAGAGCAAUCAAAGCUACUUAUUGGCUCGAUUGAUUUUGUUGGACUCAAUUACUACACCACUAACUUUGCUGCUCAUAUAUCCCACCCAAUUAAUAGCACAAGCAGUAAUAGCUAUAUCCAGGAUACUCAUGUCAAUUUUACAACUGAACGUAACGGGUUACCCAUUGGACCAAGGGCCAGUUCAUCUUGGCUUUAUGUUUAUCCAAGGGGACUUGGAGAACUAUUGUUGUACAUCAAGAUGAAGUAUAACAGCCCUGUAAUUUACGUAACAGAAAAUGGUAUGGACGAGUACAAUGAUCCAAAACUAUCACUCGAAGAGUCACUCAUGGAUACUUAUAGAAUUGACUACUUCUAUCGCCAUCUUUAUUAUAUUUUAAUUGCAAUCAAGGAUGGGGUGAAAGUACAUGGAUAUUUUGCAUGGUCGCUUCUGGACAACUUCGAAUGGAGUUCUGGCUACACCAUGCGUUUUGGAAUUAACUUCAUCGAUUACAAGGAUAAUUUGAAAAGACACCAAAAGCUCUCUGCUCAUUGGUUCAGGAAUUUUCUUAAUAAAGAUGGACUCGUUGCAUGA